ACUACAUAGCCAAUGCAGAUUGUUAUUCAUGUUGUGAUAAAAUAGUUGAAAAAAUGUCAGAAGACUCAACCGAGGCAACGAAUGAAAUGGACACAGAUCAGCAACCAAAACAAGAUGAUAUUCAACAACCAGAAGAUGUUGCUGAUGAUGAAAAAGCUGUUAAAAAUUUGGACAUUGAUCCCAAAGAUUUGAAUACCAGUUCUGAUUAUAGCAAUAUAUCUUUUGAGGAAAAUGAAAAGUCAAAAUUAGAAGAGGAUAAAGAAAUUGAAGAUAUUGGUGUUGUGCCGCUCGGAAAAGAUGAAAUUCCUGCGCUUACCAUUGAAAAUCCAUCGUCUAUUGCGAUCUCACAGAGUGGACAAGCUUCGAGUACUGUGGGUGAGUUGAAAAAAGUUCAUCCGAGAAAAAUAGAAAAAAUGACUAAGUCUGAAAAAGAAUUGGGUGAUUUAUGCAACAACAUGUUUGCAAAAUUGGAAAACUAUUUGAAGGGGGAAGUGGCAAAUUCAGUUGAAGAUUAUGCAUUGUUGGAAAGAAUGAAUAGAUCUACAUGUUUUAAAUAUCAAGAAAUGAUGAAAGUUGCUACUUCUGUCAGCCAAUCUAUGCACGAAAUCAACCUUAAAUUUUCCGAUUUGCGACCGUAUUUGGAACAAAUUGAACAGAUUGAGCAAAGCGUACUGGUAUUGGAACAAGCAGCUUAUAAACUGGAUGGAUAUGCUAAAAGACUAGAGGAACGAUUUCGGAAGCUGGAAAAAAGAUGAGACACUAGUCUAUCAACAUUUCAAAACAUUAUGACUGAGUAUAUUCACAGACUGAUUAACAAAAUUAUACUCAAAUUAUGCUUCUGUCAGGCCAUUAUAUACAUUCAUCAAAAGCUGGGCUCGAAUUAUCAAAGAUUACAAUUAACUGGGUGCAAGUAUUUUUUGGUAUAGCAUGGCCUAUAAAUAAUUACUUGGUGAAGUAAUACACCAAUGAUCUAUACCUGAUUCGCACAAAUUAAUUGAAAUGCUUAUAAAUUUAUGUUUCAUCAGACUAUACAUACAUUUUCAGUUUACUAUUAUCCCGAAGUCAACCAUCUUUGUUGACAUUUUAAGGAUUAACAAAUAUUACCAUGGUUGUGGCAUAGUGAUUUGGGGAUUUCCGAAACUUAUAUCCAACAAUUUUCAAUAUCAUUUGUUGUAAAGACAUUCCUGAUUAUUGAACAUAUUUUAAAAUCUACCAUAUUGAAGCAGAUAAUUAAUAUAAACAUGUUUUUGAAAAGUUUGAUGUUAAAGCUGUUUUGCCAUUUUUUAGUUUUGACAACAAAUAGGGUGAAUGGUGCUUUUACUUCAAAUGCCACAUGAUUAAGUGCAAUAUCUUACUGAUUUUAUGGUAUUGAUAUCCUUAUUGUGUCUACAUUUGUUUUAUUUAUUUAAACAACUAGAGGAAUACGAAA